AGUUUUUGAGCUCAUGCUGGCCAGAAGCUAGGAGCCGCACCAAUGGGAAACCAGUUGGGAAACCGUUUUGGCCAGAUUGAUGAUGGAGAAGAAUCGCAGACAUCAUCUGAUGGAGAAGAAUCGCAGACGUCAUCUGAUCCUGAACAAGACGAGCGGGAACUAGGUCAACCAACGGAUCCCGGUUUCGACCCAAUUCCAAAUGAGCAUGAAGAGCUGCCGGAGCAACCUCAUCCAACUCUGCCACCUGAUCAAACUCCGACGGGGGGUUAUAGAUAUGCUGUCAUCAGGAUGGAUUUUGACGAUGAUGUUUCAGGCGACGAACAGCCAGGCGACGAGGACAAGACAUACGACCUGGACUGGUGCGUGGACAACACCACUGUCAAAAUUAAGGAGGUCAAUGAAGACGAAGCCGUCCAGGUCCCGAAGGACGUGGGCAACUGCUUGAAAGACAACUGGAGGGGUGAAGUUGAAGACAUCAAGGCAGAAAAUAGACAGCUCAAGACAGAGCUGGAGGAAUCGCAGCAAAAACUGAAGGAUUUGCAGCUGAAGGUCGAAGAGCUGACAGCUUUAAACUCUGCUUUAGAGGCAAAAGAGCUGACAGCAUCCUGUUCAGAUUUGGAGGCAGAAAAUAGACAGCUCAAGACAGAGCUGGAGGAAUCGCAGCAAAAACUGAAGGAUUUGCAGCUGAAGGUCGAAGAGCUGACAGCUUCAUACUCCGCUUUAGAGGUGGAAGAGGCAGCAGCCACACGCAUCCAAGCGACUUUUCGCAGAUUUGCAGCGCGGCGACGUUCAGCAGCCAGUAGCUCGAGGGUGGCAUCCAGGCACUUCGAGCUUGGAGAGGUGCACAUCAACAUGUACACAGCGAAAGCUGGGAUACAACCACAGGUGGAGGAGGUGAAGGAUGUGGGCUCUUUGAAUAUCAAUCCAACAGUGACGCGCAGAAGCCCCGUGUUCAAGCUCACACCGCCAGCUACUAGGCUGCUUCUUCAAACGAAGAAGCAAGUCAACAUGGCGUAUGGACGGAAGGACGAUGGCGAUGAGUGGCAUCAAAUCCAACCAGCACACUGCCAUACCACAUACAUAGAAUUCUCAGGUUUGGAAGACUUCUCCCUGUUCUUUCUCGCCUACAUCAAGAAGCCAUUGGCUAUUUGCGACGGUCCGAGUCAUGAGCCCGAUGAAACUGAGCAGAGAAAGCAUUUGAUGCUAUCGGGGAGGUUCAACGAUCUCGAAAAUGUGAGGUUCAUGAAAGAGAUCAAGGAGGGGCUUGCAGGGCUUGGCGUUCCAGUGUUUAUGGUAGAUGCAGGGUCUGGAAACAGGUUCGGAAAUCCGACCAUUGAAGGAUUGUACGGUGCCAAAAUGUUGGCCGCGAUUUGUACUGAGAGUUAUGGACAAUUUACUGGCUGCGGUUUUGAGACAUUUGAGGAGCUUCGAUACGCUCACAUGAAACGAGUGAAAAUCAUUCCAGUGGUGCGAUGCAAGACCUUUCCGCCACGGAUUCAUGGAGACAAGAUGGGCACAAUGCAAAAUGAUUUCAUUUUUGGAUUGGACCGAGUGCGUAUUAACGCAACUGAGAUGACGGCAUUCGAAAUAGCUGUUGAACUUCAAAGAGCAUGGAGGCGAGAUAAUGAUUGACCUUCACAGUGAUCGGGCACGCAGAUUAAUGUGCACCUUUGGCACGUUUCACAGCAAUUAGGCUUCGUUUUCCUCUUUUAGGUUGCACCACGCAUGCAGAAAGGCAUAGGUGUGUUUUCUCAUGAGCACCCCCAC